AUGGUCAAAAUCAGUUAUGCAAAUAAGAAAGCGUAUGGAGUUAGACUGGGGAGGAUUUUAUCGAAGGAAUUGAGGAGACGAAUCCCACCUGGAAUUAAUGCACAAGAUGCUGAGAAGGACCCGAAUGUUGAACUCGACUUGUCAGGGAAGGCCCUUACUGAUGAUGGACUCUCUGUGUUUAUCGAUGACCUCGUGCAGUGCAUGAGUUAUCGUGAUGAGAACUAUCCAAAGGGGGCAGUCCGGCUCACUGAACUCUGCUUGAGUGGAAAUAACUUGACAGUCAUGGCCCUCAUGAAGUUGAGCGAGGUUAUAUUCAUUGGUAUCACGUCGAUAACCAAAGUGGAUAUCUCAAACAACAGUAUUCGGGUUACCAACGAAUACGAGCGGAGAGCAUUGAGCGCCUUCCUGAAUGCAUUCCGCUACAGCUGCCUCGUCAAGAAAAUCGACUUUAGUGGAAACCGCCUGGAAAAUGCUGGGUUCGACGUUUUGGCUUGCAUGUACUUCAAAGGCAGUUAUCAUUUGAGCAACAUUUCCCUCAUAUCUAAGAUAGUCGAAUCGAGCGCAGAGCAGGCGGAGUCCGCAAAUGAGUUAGAAUUUUAUGCCCGCAAAAGGGGUCUUCGGUCAAUACCCUACCUCAUAUUCUCUAAUACGUGCAACUCGCCUCUGUGUGCGUUCCAUCUCUGGAAUAUUGUCACAGCCCAUGAGUCCGCAGAGUUACUUCUCCAGUUCCUUCCGUCUGGUAAAAACAUGGCUCCUCCAGGCCUUGAAGGCAAAAAUUCGGGAAUCGUGUGCACCCCAAACAAGGGUUUAUCACCCCUUUGCCAAGCAUAUUUGGAACUUGGGAAAGAAAUCCAUAAUAUUAUGGGAGCUGACAAGAGAAUUGAUGACACCGGCCUGGAAGCGAAAUCGAUAGAAGAUCGUGAGAAGGCGGCAAUAGAGCUAGAAAUUCUUAAAGUGAAGAGGAUUGAGAUGGAGAGGGUGCAAAAGCGGCUCGUUAUCUCUGCGCUGGAGUCAUUUGGUAUCCACAGCGUCAGGUUGUGGGCUAUCACGUUCCAGCUGCUGGUGGCUGCUCGUGCCAUCUUGCUUGACGAGAGAAACCGACCUCAAGAAUUAGCUCUUUGGAAUAGUGACGAAAAUUUGGGACCGCUGCUGAAAGCCCGGAUUAAUUAUCAGACUUCUCUGACCUCAAGAAUCUGGGCCUUGAACAUUUCCAACGAUGCACAAAUUCCGCAAAGUCCCAUGGGAUUUCCGACUAGUCUUUUCCAGCGACAGUCAUACGCCAAUCGCUUCGGCCACGACACCAAUCUGCGCCUUAAGGCUGCUUAUAGGUCGCCCUAUCGUUUCGGCCUACCAAUAUAUGUCUGGAGAGAUAUCUUGGCCAUGGCUUUCGACGAGCUGGAUAUCUUGGGCCGGGAGCAACAGGUCCGCGUAGUUGAGUAUGCGAGCGACUGGACUGGUAUCGACCAGCAAAUCGCCCUUCGAGGUGGGCGCGAAAGUGAGCAGAUCUGGAGGAUUCUGAACACCGUUGACUGUCUUGUCUACAUCUUCGAGUGA